GCAAAAGUAAAUAUCGCCGCUCAGAAUCUCAUGCUCGAUUAGACAUUUCACUGCGUAUUUAACAUAUCGAGUAAACACUGUUUAUGCAAGGGUACUAUAAAUCCCCGCAUAAUCUAAAGGAAAUAUACACAACAAUUAUCGGAGUAUCUAAAAGCUUUCUUUUGAUCUCUUUGAAAUCCUUUGCGGUAAGAUAUUAGAUUUUUUUUAAAAGGAAUAAGUUACCAGUUAAUUCAAAUAAAUAGAAAAAGGGAAAAGAAAUAAAAAAAAAAUUGAAAUACUACGUAUAAAAAAAAAAAAAAACCAAUCAUCUAUUGUUUAUCUUCUCCACUGAAUUCCUAAUCCUUGACCAUCCCCUGGCCUUGUCAAUUAGCAACUCUAGAGCUAGAACUAAGCUUUCCCUCACUGCCCCACCGCACCCCUUCAACCUCAACCAACAGCCCACACACCGCAACUCUGCAGCCUGCACCACCGCCACACCUUCCCGGUGACUCGCCUGCAGUCCGCCGGAGCCCGGAGUCCUGCACAUUUCUUCUUCAUGGUUUGUCCAGUGAAUUGUCAUUACAAUUGUUUUAUAAGAGACGGUAGAUGGACCUGUUAUGAUGCAAUCUCGAGGGUGAAACCUCGAUUUCCUUUGUCAAAUAAUGUACAUGAAAGACAUUAUGGGGUGAAUUUGGCAAGAUUUUACAAGACAAGGCUUAACCCUCAUUUACAAGGUUCAUUAAUUCAGGAACAACACCUUCCUGUCCAGUCUUCAGUAACUGCUUUUUUUAAAGAUAAAGAAGACAUUGUGGAAUACUUUGACAGUGAUUCCUUACGAGAAAAGCCCUUUUUAGAUGAUCUUAUAGUUACCAAUGGAUACUAUAUUCGAAGUGAAGACUCGGAUAGUCUUAAUGAUGAAGAGACCAACUUUACUGAAAGGAAUCAACCUUUGGAGGAGCCCUGGUUCAUGCGGCCAUGUGCUAUCUCUCAAUAUGCGGAAAAAGACUUCAAUGCUCAUAUUGAUUCCUUUGAUCGAGAAGGAACUUUGAAAAACUUUCCAAAUGAUCAUGUUAUGUCACAGUCAUUGUCUAAUAAUUUCAGAUACGGAGGUGAGCACUUCAUUGAAAGUGAAAAAAUGUAUCAUCAAGUUGAUGGCGACUUCAGUUCUACCUGGUCUUUCUCUGAGAGGGACCAUCCUGUUGAGGAUCCUUGGCUCUUAUAUCCAAUUCCCGAUUUUUCAGAAACUAGUGUCAUCCCAGUUGCUGAAACUCCCAUCAUUGAGGAGCCUACUGAAGAUGAGGCACGUCUUCAAGAACUGCAGGAACAACACCAAAUUAUUUCAGAAAAGCUGCUUUCUGGAACAGAAAGUAAUCUGCUUCCACCAGUGGGUUUAGUUUCUACUGAGAUAUUAAUCAACUGCUCUAUCUGUACCAUGCAAAGGAUAGCUGUACUUGAAGAUGGAAAUCUAGUUGAGUUGUUAUUAGAACCUGUCAAAAGUAAUGUGCAAUGUGAUAGUGUUUACCUGGGGGUAAUUACAAAACUUGUUCCUCAUAUGGGUGGUGCAUUUGUAAAUAUAGGGAGUUCCAGACCCUCUCUUAUGGACAUUAAGCAUUAUAAGGAACCUUUUAUAUUUCCACUCUUUGAUACUUCAAAGGAAAAUGAUGUGACUUGCCCUCCAUCAUCCGUGCUUGAGAAGAACUUAGACAUCAGUCAUUUUAAACAAGCAUUUUUGGAAGAAGAUGAUGAACUUGCUGAUGAUGAUGUGGAGGUUGAUUUUGAGGAUGAAGAAUUUGAGGGACAUGUGAAUGAAGAUACUAUGGAUUUCGAUGAAGUUCAAACGGGAAAUCUUAUUCAGGUUAACAGUAAUGGAACUGGCUCAAAUCUUGGGAACUUAGAAUAUCAGCUGGAUGGGAAUGGGAACCAUUUAAAAAUUCAAACUGAUUCCCAUCAUUCAGUGGUGAAAAAACAUAGGAGCACCAAUGACAUCCACAGUGCAGAAGAAAUGUGGGCUAAUGUUCGCAAAGGCACUAAGAUACUUGUGCAAGUUGUAAAAGAGGGGUUGGGUAAAAAAGGUCCGACAUUGACUGCUUAUCCAAAGCUUAGGAGCAGAUUCUGGGUAUUGAUCACCCGGUGCAAGAGUAUUGGAGUAUCAAAGAAAAUUUCUGGGGUCGAACGCACACGCUUGAGAGUCAUAGCAAAAUCUUUGCAGCCCCCCGGUUUUGGUGUGACCAUCCGAACUGUUGCUGCUGGUCAUUCUGUGGAAGAAUUACGAAAGGACUUGGAAGGGUUGCUUGCAACAUGGAGAAAUAUUGUUGAACAUGCAAAAUCUGCAGCACUUGCAGCAGAUGAAGGUGUUGAAGGUGCUGUACCUGUUAUUUUGCACCAAGCAAUGGGGCAGACACUAUCUGUUGUCCAGGAUUAUUUUAAUGAGAAGGUUAAGAGAAUGGUAGUAGACUCCCCAAGGACAUACCAUGAGGUGACCAAUUAUCUGCAGGAUAUUGCUCCGGAGCUCUGUGAUAGAGUCGAGCUACACAGGAAAAAUGUUCCUUUGUUUGAUGAAUUCAACAUUGAAGAGGAGAUCAAUAAUAUUCUUAAUAAAAGGGUCGCUCUUCCAAAUGGAGGAUCUUUGGUAAUCGAACAAACUGAAGCUUUAGUCUCUAUUGAUGUGAAUGGAGGACAUGGGAUGUUUGGUCAAGGGGCUUCACAAGAGAAAGCUAUUGUUGAUGUCAACCUUGCUGCCGCAAAACAAAUUGCUAGGGAAUUACGUCUCAGGGAUAUUGGUGGCAUCAUCGUGGUAGAUUUUAUUGAUAUGAUGGAUGAUUCAAAUAAAAGAUUAGUUUAUGAAGAAGUGAAGAAAGCAGUCGAGAGGGACCGCUCAAUCGUUAAGGUUUCUGAAUUGUCCAAGCAUGGACUUAUGGAGAUUACCAGAAAGAGGGUACGCCCUAGUGUGACAUUUAUGGUAAGUGAACCAUGCACUUGCUGUCAUGGUACUGGGAGAAUUGAGGCUCUAGAAACUUCCUUCUCAAAGAUUGAGCAUGAAAUAUGCCGCUUGCUAGCAACAGUGGGCCAGAAAGCUGAUCCUGAGAACCCGAAGUCCUGGCCCAGAUUGCUGUUGAGAGUUGAUAGUUACAUGUCCGACUAUUUGACAUCAGGGAAAAGGACAAGACUAGCAACUUUGAGUAGCUCUUUGAAAGUUUGGAUUCUUUUAAAGGUAGCAAGAAACUUUGCGAGGGGUGCAUUUGAGGUCCGACUACUUGCUGAGGAAAAGGGAAUUACUAACCAGCAACAAGUUGGUGUGACCACUCAAUCAGCUGAAGCUGCUACAAUUAUACCCACCAAGAGAACUAAGUUGUUCCCUGUGAAGAGAUGGAAGGCAGGAAGAAAAUUAUGACCAUGAAUUUUUAUCGAAGCUGUUCUCUGUUUAAAGGUGAAAGAUGAGAAGGAAAAAAAAGCCUAGAGAAAUAACUUGAGAUUAAAAUAAUAUCCAAUGAACAUCAAAGAACAUCAAAUUUUGGUGAAAGAAGAUUUUGCAAAUGAUGAGUAGCUAUUGCAGGUGUGAUGAACUCAAGUAGGCAAGACAAGUGAAAUAACUGAGGAAAUUAAAACCUCUCCUGUUGUUUCACUUGUCUGCCCUUUCAGGUUUUAUAUGAGAUUUUAGCCAACAUAUUUGAAUUUGUAGCUUCGCGAAGAUCAGAGCAGCCAAUAAUUCUUAAAUAACUGCUACAAGUCCAAGCUAAAGCUUGAUUUUGAGUUAUGUACUGAAACCAUGUAAUAAACGGCAUGUAUAGAGUGGCUCACUGGUUGCCUUGAUUUUGUUGUUUACGUGUAAAUUAAUGUAAUUUUCGAACUAAAAUAAUAGUUAGGGUUUAGAUUUUGGUCUAAAGAAUAUCUGGUUUUGUAGAUGACUAAUUUCGGCUUGCCUAAGAAUUCUUUCAUUAGUUUGUGACUUGCCUAAGUAUGAACUGUAACAUAAUACUUCAGCUAUUAGAAAGGUUACACCAAAUCUAAUGCGGAGUGAAGCUUUGUUUGUG